AUGAGGUACCAAAAUUGGGACGUACUCCUCUUCCCUGGUGAUUCAAGGACUCCCAUACAGGAAUUCAACACCAAAUGCUUCGUGCUAAGGCAGAACGUGGAUUGCUCCUCGAGUGAUGCCACUGUCGAGAAAUAUCCCAACAAUUUCGAGUCGAUGACACUGGUUCCUAUCCUCACCUCUUUCAUUGCUAGUCUCGAGCGUGGCGCAGCGUUCCGAAUUUCAAUCCACAGCUGGGAUAAACCCACCCCGUCUCACCUCUUGCUCAGCUACAAGACCCCCGAAGAAGCAAUUCUGUUUGAAGCACGAGUGUAUAUUGAUGGAGUUCUCGUUGCUCAACGUGCAUUCGACGAAAAUGUGUGGCCGGAAGUCAUUGGUAUGAAGAAUAUCCCAACCGCGACGCAAACCUCUUUGGCUAAUGAUACCGCAGGAGAUCCAGGUUGUCCCCGUAAGUCCCUUGUGUACCGAGAAGGGGCUAACGGCACAGAUCGCGAUGCUCGAUAUCUCCAAUUUCCCACGUUCUACAGAGAAAUGCUUCAGCAACCCGGUUGGGAUCACAGCGAGCUCAUGGGUCGAAUCCGGGUUGUGAUCUCAGAAGGAGUUGUGAGGGACAACACUCCCCCGGCUGCCUCAGCUACCAGGUUUGAUCGCCUGCGAGAUGUCGUUGCCUUCUCCUUUCAGCAUGCCCCCCAAGACAUCCUCGAGUACUCGGGAAUCGCAUGGCCAAGCUUCAAAAUGUUCCAAAAGCUGCCCAACAAACCGUCGCGGCCUGGACCGAUCGGCUCUCGAGUCUCUGGUAUUUCGGGCCACGAAGCUCAUUCACACUCGCCACAGCGGUUACCUCCAAUAGCGUCGCGAAGUAAAAGGCUGUCGACGAAUGAAAAUUAUCAAAACUUGUUGGAAUCACAGAAGCAUUCAGAGGCCCAGCUCGAUUCGGUCAGGAAAGUCCCCAACGUUAGUGUCUUGAAGAGCCAGUCCCCUGAAAGCCACAUUCCCAUAAAGCUUAUGGCGCAGGAUGAUGACCCGUUCAUCUCCUCGCAUCAGACCCCUACGGCGAUACAGCAGUGGCGGCUGCAACUGAGGUCAACCAGUCACGACGUCUCCAUGCCUGAUUACGCGUCCAGCAAGACCGAUCGCAGCGUCGUCAAUACCGAGAUGUCGGGGGUCAGCGUCCCACGAGCCAACUUUUUGAAGCACAUGAAUGAGGCCAACCCUGAAGAGAUUCUCCAAGCUCUAAGUCCUGCUCGCCAAGAACAAUUAUUCAAGGCCCUCAGCGCAUCACAUAGUCCAUUGGCCGGUAUAGGCACUCAACCACCAGCAAACACUCCUCAGACCACCAACGAUUUCAACACUCCGAGAGUUAUGCAUUCUGGCGGUGCCAAUGAUGCCGCGACGGCAAGAAUCUGGCAAGAACCGCGGCAGCGACGCCGGACAUGUUCGCUAGCUAGUUCCCGAAGCACUUCAGAGCCAGUGGCACAGCUGAUCAAAGAACAGACCAGUCCGCGACUGCCCCAAGGACCGAGUGCACCUGCAGAGGGAAAAAGCCAGUUGUCAGCGGCGCCGAGAUCGCUUUCACUUGGCUUUAAUCGCCAGAGAUCAGCCUCGAAUGGCUCAAAGCGCAAGCGGUGCUCAACCUCUCCGGGAUUGGGCUUGGGUAAGAUAGAGGACACAAUUCAGGUUGUGAUGUCUUCUUCUUCUUCGUCGUCGUCCUCUGCAUCAGAAGGGGAUCGAGACGAGUCGGCGGGACCAAAGUGCGCGGCGUCAGCGAGGAAAUUGGGCUUCACUGUAGCAGACUGA